ACCAGCUCCCUUGUUUUCUUUCUGUCAGCAGGUGAUACCUUCUUAUUCCAACAGACUUUUGGCAACUGGUUGCUUUUAAUGAAAGUGCCCAACUGUUUUUCUAGUAAUCUGUGUUUUUAAUAUUUUAUUUAAAUGUACAUGGGUGUACACACACACACUUUUAAUUCCAUUAAUGUUCAGUUGUUUUUUAAUGCUUGCCCCCCUCCCAUGUUUUUAGUUAUUCCUGUUUUAUUUAUGUGGGAGGGGGUUUAUUAAUUUGUGUUUUAUUAUGUAUUUUGUGUUCUCGUUUUGUAUUUUUACAUCGUGAACUGCCCUACGAUCUUCAGAUGAAGGGUGGUAUACAAACUUAAGAAACAAUCAUAAUCGUAAUUUGCAAGCUGCCAUGAGUUCCUGUCUAGAAAAAAGGCAAAGUAUAAACAAACAAGAUAGAUAGUUGAAAUGCUAUUUUUUGUUUAUUAUCGAGUCCCCAUCUGGGGAAAUGGCAAGGUACAGAUAAAUACAUGCCCCAUUUACGUAUGUAUAUGUAUGUAUAGAUAGGUAGUUCUAAUUCAAUUCGCGCUUAAUUGUCUUUUGUACAUGUGCAUUGUUGUAUGUAUAUAGUUCUAAUUCAUGUUUAAUUGUAUUUUGUAUGUGUGAAUUGUAUGUAUGUAUAUAGUUCUAAUUCAUGUUUGUCUUUUGUACAUGUGCAUUGUUGUAUGUAUAUAGUUCUAAUUCACGUUUGUCUUUUGUAUGUGUGCAUUGUUGCAUGUAUAUAGUUCCAAUUCAUGUUUGUCUUUCCUAUGUGUGCAUGUAUAGUUCUAUUUCAUGUUUAAUUGCCUUUUGUAUGUGUGCACUGUUGUAGGUAUAGUUCUAAUUCGAUUCAUGUUUAGUUGGUUUCUAAAUCACUGUCGUCGUCCCCCUCCCAAAAAAUGUUUCGGCUAUUUCUAUUUUACCUGUAAGCCGCCGUGAGUCCCUGUUUGGGGGAAAGGGCGGGGUACAAAUAAAGUGAUAAUAAUGAUAAUAACAACGCCCCGCUUGCGGGCUUCCCAGUGGUACCCAGCUGGCCGCCGUGCUGCUCUCAGAAGCUAAUCCUAACCUGUUACCAUUAAUUUCCCAUUUUUUAUGAGGCGUUACUGUUACCAUUAAUUUCCCAUUUUUUAUGAGGCGUUACUGGUGGUGGUGUGGGGUCUCCUGGGCCCCCUUUAUGUGAGGCGGCCGCCGCCGAGCAGCCAAAUUGUGACGCCGCCUGAGGGGGGAAAGCGCCGCCGGAGAAGGCGACGGAGAAGGCGGCAGCAAAGCCGGGGCUGCUGGCGGGCGCGUCCUCCCCAACCGGAGGGAGAUGAGAAAGAACCAAGGCCACCACCGUCCAUCGUAGCCGCCGCCGCCGCCGCCAUGCGGAGCCUCUUCGGCCGCAAGGCAGCCGAGCCUCCGAACCAGGGCGCCCCGGCCGACGACAACCCGCCGCCGCCCAGCUCCGCCCCCCGCGCGAGCGUCACCUCCACCGGCGGCGCCGAAGCCUUGCCCUCCGCCGUCGCGCCCCGCUCCUCCUUGUCGACGAUCCUCCGCCUGCGAGGCCUCGGCCUCGGCCAGAGCGAUAGCGUCGGCGUCGAAGGAACCCCCUCGGCCGAAAAGUUCAAGGGGGAAAGGGCCCGCUCCCUCCUCAUGAUGUUAUUGAGAAAUCAGAAGGCAUCUGAAGAAUCAACGGUUAAUCAGUACCUUGAUGUACAUAAUUUAAUUCCUUGUGGUGAUGUGAAUGGCUUGUUGGCAGUUAGUGUGAAGCAGUGCAAAGAUUUCACCCCCAAAUUUGAUGUUAAACAUGACACCUACUUACUGAUUCGCAUUAGCAUCGAUAAAAUCAUGAAAUGCACAAAUCCCCAAGUCUUCCGACCAAACAAGAAGCAAAUUCCGAUUAAUUUCGGAGAUGUGAGAUAUUUUUCUCUGAAGGUUCCAAAGCAGAGAAGUGAUCCUAGGAAUAGGAUUACUUUAGAGCUGGUGGGCUUUGAUGGUCCAAAAGACUUUCCAAGGCUCUAUGGGAAUGCAAACAUGCAUCUUUAUGAAGUCAUUCGAAAACAGUCCUUCAUUGAAACAUGUGCUUUUAGAAUCAGAAAUAUGGUGUUCUGCACAGCAGAAGUGGAAUAUAUGUUCUGCUAUGGAUGUCUUGGAUAUGGAUAUUCACAUCAGCUGAAACUGCCAGGUGCAGAUCCUGCAAAGGCUGUGGCAUAUUCCAUGUUUCUGCGGGUUCCCCCUCCUGAAGACAGAAGAGACACUAUAAGCAAUGCCAUCAAGCCACUGCGCCUGGAUUACCCUGCCUUCUUAUCUCCAGACUUGAAUGUUUCAGUGGCAAAGAUUCAUCUGGAGAAACCAAAACCUUCAGAGCACUACAAAAGCCUUCAGGAGGCUUUGCAUCAGCCACCCCGAGAAAGACUGGAGAAACUGAAAACUGAAUAUCGGAAUCUAAAAACAUGGCAUGAAAAGGCAGAUUAUUUAGAUCAACUGAUCUUAAAAAAGGGACCAAAAGUAAAACCAGGCCAAACAAAGGUAUCUCGCUUCAAGGAAGCUGUUGGGAAAAUACAACGCCCUCAAGCAUCUACGGUUUAUACCUCCUCAGUUUCAGAGGUAAUGUCUCAUGAAAACGUAAGCUCAUUCGCCAGAGAAGACGUGAAGAAAUGGACAAGUCAACUGUCUGCUCUCUCAUCACGACCUUCUGGACCUGUGCCAUCCCGCAGAAACUUAUUUUCAUCAGAACAGAUUCCUCAACCUGCUGAAACAACCCCACCUGUCCCAGCGCUGACUGUAACCCCUAACCCUAUGAGUUCUCCAGUAUCUUCAGAUGGAGAGAACAUGAAAGACAUGGUUGUAAGAGAACAAGUUCAUUCUGACUCUUCAGAUGGAGAGAAUAUGAAGGACUUAGUUGUAAGAGAAAGACUUCAUCCUGCGUCUGAAACCUCUCUGUCAAGUUCCGUUGGAAGCGCAGCAAAAACUUCUGAGGCUAGGGAUUCAGAAAGCCUUGCUUCUUUAAGUCCUGAGAGGAAAGUGACAGAAGAGGAAAUACCUGUCAUAGUCAAAAAACCACCUAUUAAAGAGUAUCUGCCAGAACCAAUACAGGAAUCACAGCCUAAGUCUGAAGUUUCUGUGAGUGUCUCACCUCAGUUUGUGGCACCUCCUAGACCAUCAGAUUCAGUUGUUGAACCAGUACAGCAAUUGCCUUGGAAAUCUAUGUUCCAGGAAGCGGUUUUUAGUGGAAACAAGUUUGAACCAUUCUUGAGAAGUGUCAGUAAAGUACAGCCUCCGCCACCUAUUUUUGGCAAAGGAGAUGUCGGCCCUUUAGAAAAAAUGUACCCAUCUGAUGCUUACAAAGAACGAGAAGACCAAGAUCCACCUGAUGGGAUGUCAUUGACAAAACUGGCGAGUAGUCUGGACACUAAAUUAAUCAAGAGCAGUGGGGAGCUUUCUAUACUAAGGCUUAUAGAAAGAAAAAUGGAUUUAGAAGAGGAGGAUCAAAAACGUGGCAUGCAGGAUGAAAAGGCAUCGGAACCACUCGCUGUCACAUCGGGUUCUUCUGAAAAGACACUAGAAGAUAAACUAGUAGAACAAGCAGAAAUAAAACAGGUUGAGAUUUCCUUUGAGAAGUCUCUUGAAGAUGUGCUUGCUGAAAAACUUGUAAAAGUCGUAGCCGUGUCGUCGAUUUUAAGCAAAAACCUUGAAAACAUAGUUGCAGAGGGACUCUCAGAAGCAAAGCUGUCUGAAACGCUGGAGGAUAGCAGUUUGCAAGGGGAUAAUAAAUGUCUGCCUGAGGAAAGAAAGAUGUCUGGAGAGAAGGUUGCAGAACCAGAUGUAACAAAACUGGCAGCUGCUGUAAGUCAAAAUUUGCAGGCUCAUCUUAUAGACAAAUUGUGUGAAGAGGGGAUAAUCACAGAUACAGACCUACCUGAAAAAGACCAGAUAGUUUCUUUCCCAAUUACUGCUGAUUUGCUCAAGAGGAGGAAAAGCUUAUCCAGGGAAAGCAUGUCACAAACUGAAAUCACAACACUAAAAUCACUAAGUGAGCAUCCAUCAAGAACCACUAUCAAAGCUGAAUCCGUGCAGCAUAGUAAAGAAAGUAGUAAGGAAACUAUUAAAGAAAGUAGUAAAGAAAGUGAGUUAGUAGCUACAGGGGCAGGUUUAUCUGAAAGCAAAAUAGAUGGCGAUAGAGAGGCUGCUUCAUAUCCUAUAACUGACAGUAGUUCAGCUGAACAAACAAAUGCGAAGACAGACUUAAGAAAAGAACCCUCUAAACAGUCACUGGAAAUCAUUAGAGUAAUGUUACCUGUGAACACAGACACAGAUAACAUUAAGCAGCGACUUUCCAUUCAUGAUGCUCUCCUAGAAAAAAUUUUAAAAGCAGAAAUAAGAAGUUUGAAAUCACUUUUAAGCAAAGAACACCGAGAUCACUUUAAAGAUCAACUUUCAGCCGCUGGAUUAAAGGGAGAAGACUUGAAAACAGUGUGCCGGAAGUUGUCCUUGGCUAUGAAAGGGGAUGACAGUGUUACACCAGAGAAGGCUGCGCUGCAAGACUGGCAGGAUUCCUCUAGCGAGGGCCUUGCUAAAGAGACAUUGGCGGUAAAUGAAAGUAUUCAAAAUCUCUUUGAAGUGCUUUCAGAAAACGAAAUUGCCAACCUAAAGAAUGCAUUGAACAAAAAGAUUCAAGACCAUCUUUCAGACAGACUUUCAAAAAUAGGAAUGAUCACAGAGAGUGAGUUAAAGAGAAUACUUGGAAACUUGUUUCCAGUAGUGGAAAAACUAGCAAAGAGUGAGGAAGGCUCAGAUGAGCAAAGUACACAACUAGAUACUCAAAGCCUGCAUGACAGGUUUUCGGAGGAAGAACUACAAAAUCUAAAGUCUCUCUUGAGCAGACUUCUAAACGAAGGCCACCGAGACAAACUUUCAGAUUCAGAAGUACAAGGUUUAACAUCAGUUUUAGAGAAAAGCUUUGAGGAUCUUCCCAUACAAAACAGUUCUGAAACUGGGAUAAGCCAAGAAGUUGAGAUAAAGGAUGAAUGCCGUACUAUAUCUCUGCCAGAUGUUGAGGAAAGUCAGAGAGUUAGUAAGACAGAUGUAUCUGAGAGAGGAAAAGUUCCUUCAAAGGAAAGUCUUCAUAAGAUUUCAACAGCGGGUGAAAAACACAAAAUAGAAAAAGAAGCUGUAGACCUUUCUGUAACCAGUCUUUUGGAAGUAGAAACAAGGAGCCAAGAAACUCAGACGACGGGUCAGCCCAAAAAAGUGAAACAUAAAAAAGAAAGUCACAGGUUGCCGAAGUACAAUGAUAAUCUGAUCAUACCAAAUAUAACGAGAACAACAUUUGAUGUAGGAUUAAAAAGCAAGUCACCUGAGGAAACUUCGAAGAGAAUCUCUGAACCAUUUGCCACAUCUUUUUUGAGUGCGCGUGAUAUUGGCAUCCAAAGUGAAGCGAAAAGUUAUUUCUGCGGCAAGCCCCACAGUUUUAUUUCCAAGCCUCCCUUUCCGGUGAACCCUCAGACAUUUCUCUUUUUGCAUUCAGAAUCUGAGGAAGAUGCAAAGCCAGCAGUUAAACACCACCAGAAGGCAAAAAGGAAGAAAUCUGACAUAAAGAAGGAUAGUGGGUUACACCAGCAAGCAUCGAUAAGUACACAAACCAGGAGAGAAAGGGUGCCUGCUGGAAGCACCUCUAAGGAGAUUUUAAAAGAAAAAUCCAAAAGGCACCCACCAAUUUCUCCAAAAUUGAGCGCCACUGAAAACAGGAAGGAUUCCAAAGCAACAGCAUCCCCCAGCGGUACACGAAGGGAAAGCUUGAAGCAGAAAUCCGAGAAGAAGCGAGAUACGGAGGUUAAGCCCAAAAAAUCACUCACCAAGACUGCUGUCCUGUCUGAUCCACAGCUACAAAACCAUUCCAAAAAUAUUUCGGACAAAUCAUCCACAACUAAAAUACCAGCUCCUGGGCGUACGAAAGGAAGCACAUUGAACAUUGCGGGCCCAGAUGAUAUCGACAUGGAAGCUUACAGGCAUCUUGAAAAAGCCGUAGAAAGAGCUCUUCUUGACUUAGGAAGAGUCCCGGAGGGCAGCUCCAGCCAGGGAAGGCCAACUCCUGCUCCAAGUUCUACGACUCUCAUAAACAAAGAUUCGCCCAGAUCCUAUCUCUCUGCUGUCGAGACUCCAAGGAAUCAAGCGGGUUCAAUAACGGAGAUGCUUAACAAUCAAGAACAGAUCUUAAAAAUGACACCUGAUCAACUGGAAGUUGUACUUAGGAUUCUCCAAAAUAUAUUGAGGCAGAACGCAAGACCCCCAAAUAAUGGAUGAAUGGAAACAAGCUCUGUGUAAACCAGCUACGUAUGUAUGUUCUUACUUUCCCCCAGCUAUUAUGAAAAAUAAAACCCUCUUUGUAUAUACAUUUUUAAAGAAA